AUGCAAUUCACCAACUCCAUCCUGGCCCUUGGCCUCUCCGUUGGUCUAGCCAUCGCCACCCCACUCCUUGGAAUUCAAACCUCGGGUACCGACUGUUAUGUUCGCCUAGACAACUUCCCUGCCUGCAGUGGUGCCAACAGCCAAAGCUUCGGUACUGCCGCGGACGGAUUCUCCUGCACUCUCGUUGGCAGUUAUCUAACUGUCCCCGACUGCGAAGGCGUUGAAAUCAGCAUGACCAACGACGGUUCCCAGACAAUUGCCUAUAAUGAUGAUCAAGGUAACGAGCUGGAGUGUGCGAUGCACGAUCUUAUUGUUGGUAGCAGCUGUGAUGCAACAACGCCCUCGCCUUCUUCAUCUUCUGCAGCUGCAUCUGCAGCUGCUUAG